AAAAGUAUCAAAAUUCGUGACGCUGCCUAGUAUGAAGAAUAGUCGAACAGUGUAAUAAACGUCUCCGCGUAGGACGCUGAAAAUUGAAUGCAUUCUAGCGCUUAAUGGAAACUCACCCCAUCCGUCCUUCGCAACAAUAUAAAAAGAGCGUUCCUCGUUGACACAGCCAGUACAGAAGCAGCCGGCAGCGGUACACUUCUAACUUCGGUCCCUCGCGAAAGAAGAAACUCCUAUAAAGCCAGAACUGUUACUAUGCAUAACUGGCGUUUAUUACUGCUUGCGUUUCUCGCGGUGCUUCAGCCGAUUGCCUCCUUCACCGAGCGCAACCUCGUUGAUGGCCGGGAACAGUGCUGCAAUCGCAAUAGCUUGCUCCGGGAUACGAGGCUCUCGUAUGGAACUCUUCGUCAUAAACUACCCGAAGAUCGCCGUCUAAGCCGAACCGACAUCCGGGAGGAUCGACGCUAUGAAGUGAGGAACGACGACACUGUACUCACUCGACCCUCCGCUGACCGACGUCUCGUUGAAUUCCGUUCCGAGAGGGAUAUAACAAGCCGCCUCUCCCCUGUACGAGUAGCUCGCAUCACUCGAGCUGAAUUUCGACGAGAACGGAUUACUGACACACGACGUGAACGUGUCUCUCCUGCACGUGAGGACAGAGAAAGGCGUUCUAGAGACACCUUCAGGAUUGCUUUCCGAGAGAUUAACCGAGAUGCCCGUUACAGGGAUGUUGCCCGUGACUCCAGACGAACAGACAUUCGCCAAAACAACCGAAACAGCCGCGAGUUUUCUUACGUCCGAAUGUCUGGCGAUAACAACCGAGUCGACCAAAGAUUCGACAGCGAACGAAAAGCAAGGAAUGCAGAGGAGUUACGACGCGAAAUUCGAAGGAGCCGAGAACAUUCAGCGGAAUUCCGGCGAAUUAAAGAAACUAGGGAAACGCGUGAUGUUCUCCAAAGAACAAGGGAUGACGUAGCCCGCAACGAAAUCUCUAGAGAUAUGCAGGAUCGACGCGACGUUAGAGAGAGGAUGGAAGAACGACGAGCGCGAUCCCAAUCUAGACUUUUUGAAAAUAAUAGGGAACGCCGAUCUCUAGAGCGUCGUGUAAGAGAAAUUGAUGUUAGGCGGUCAGCUCUCGGCUCCAGGUCUGUAGACAGAGUUCUCGACCGGCGGGCAGAAUCUAGUAUGGCCCGUCGGGAGUCACGGGACGAGCGUCUACGUAUUAACGAACAAUUUGACGAACGCCGCGAGCGUGAAGCUAACAGGCAGUCUAGGGACAGAACCAUCGACGUCCGCCGGGAACUUCGACAAAGAAAUCAGGAAGAGCGAAGAGAUGCGCGGCAACCCGAUAAUCGUGCACGUAUUGUUGAAAACAGAAACGUCCGAUUAGAGCGAGCAGGUACUCGACGGGAGGCGAGGGAUGACAAAAGGGAAUUCCGAGCUGUAAGAGGUGAUGAAAGGGCAUACGAACGUCGAGCUGAAUCGCGACGGGUAACCAACAGCAACCGUCAAACGACUGAACACAUUGUACUGCGAGAAACACGACGAGACAUAAGGGGUCGAUCCGUUGACGCUAGACAACGGGAUACAUCUACGGACCGAGCUGACUACCGGAAUGCAAAGAACGUAGAACGCGAUCUGGCUGACGCUCGCUUCCGGUCCACAGAAUACAGAACCCGAGAGAAUGUUAACCUAGUCAGGGAGAAGAAUCAGUUCGACGUCCAAUCCUCUAGUAUGAAUUGGCAAUAUAUUUUCUAUACCUUACAAGGAAUUUACCUCUGUGGCAUCUUGACACAGAUACUUUCGCAGAAGCAUUCCGACAAAAAACCAAGGGCUCUCUCCUGGUUGGCUACACCGCGCUCACUCAUCAAGGUAGACUAGGCAGCACACCGCGCUUCGCAGCAC